UGGAGCUCCCGGCUACGACGUGGCGGCCAUUUUUGUCAAAGAGGAACGGAAGCUAUGCCAGAGAAUUCGAACCCUUCCUUCAUCGCAACUGCACUGGAGGGGUUACUUUGGCGGGUCACUCUCAGGGUGCCGCUAUGUCUGAAAUCUUUGCAUCCUGCGUGAACGCUGGAGACUCUGUGUGGAUACCUGAGCUGAAGAGAGAUGGCAAGGUGGUCAACGAAGGAGCUCUGUUGAAAACUAGGUUUCAAGUGAACAACAUUUUCACCACAGGGUCUCCAGGGACGGCGAGAGUUGGCAUCAAGAAUCCGUUGGAGACAUCUGGUAUUUUUCAGGGUGAGCGGAUCUUUACCCAAGACUGGAUCUAUAUGGACCCUGUUCCUGCCAGCACUUCUGAGCUGGACUUUUGGCACCCGAAGAUGCCUGCAAUGCGUUUGUUCAAAACGAAUGACACCGCGGUGCGUGCGGAGAACAUCGCUGCUUCCCAAGCCUGGGAACCGCCAUUGUUGAUCCCAACAGCGCACUCGUUGGCAGUCCUUGAUAUUAAGCGUCACCUGCAGUAUGUUGAAUGGCUUCUAGCCCUUGGAGAAUGAGACAGCGAGCGAUAGGAAGCCGAAGACAGACUGAAGCCAUUAUUGUAUGGAGCUGUUCUGGAACGAAACUCCAAAACUCUAAUUCGUUCAGUAUGUUGUCGAUAAGAUAUAUUAUACACAUUACUGAUCAUUACUGUACAGAAGUGAUGCAAUUUUGCGGUGUGGGACAAAGUUUUGAAACCCCUGCACGGCCCAGACUACAAUCUUGAGCUUGCCUGGAAAAAUGGUGGGCUUAGUGGUCUUUUUCAAGCUUUACCAUGACAUCGGAUCAAUUUUUGAUCAGGCAGAACUUCGGUGCAUCUUCCAGAGCACCGGUUGACGAAUCGCAAACACUGGC